UUCUUCAACAACUGCAGCCACCUCGGUAGCUCGCUGGAUAACAAAGUCUGAACAUUCAAGUUAUUUAGACAAUUUCGUGUUUAUUUCCCACUAUGAUUUAAUCAUACUUAUGUGGAAACAAAUUGCUACCCCAUUUAAUUUAAUAUUUACGUUUUAAGUCAACUAGCUAGCUGGUUAAAUUGGCACUAGUCUAGUCGCUAAUGCUAAGUAGCUAACAUCCCCGACCAUGAGCUCACUAAGCUACUCGACUCCUGAUAAAGAAGAGGAGGUCUGCUGGACGGACAAAGACGCUCUCGUGAAAGAGGAGGAGGAAGAGGAGGAUGUUACAAUACAAAAACAAGUAGAGGGUGAGGCUGUUCGGGUGAAAGAAGAAAACGACGUUUCAGUGAAAGAAGAGGAAGAUGCGAUCAGAGUGAAAGAGGAGGAGGGUGUUACUGUGAAAGAAAAUGAGGAAGAUGCCGUUUUUGGAGUGGAGGAUGAAGUGAAAAAAGAUGAAGACGUUUUUGGAAUGAAGGAUGAAGAAGGGGAGAUUACUGUCACAUUAGAGGAGGACGAAGAAGUGAAGACUGGAGAACUGAUUAACACCAGUAAAUACAGAGAGAGACGGGACUAUCGUGGAUCCUCUGGGGAACCUCAACAACAUCAUGAUGCUGACGAGGCAGAGAAAAGUCUCUCCGGAUCAGAACACCUCAAACACCUGCAGAGACCCACAGGGAAGAAAUCUCAUUGCUGCUCUGACCGUGGGAAACAUUGCACAUAUUCAUCAAAGCUUAAAAUACACCAGCGAGUGCACACAGGAGAGAAGCCUUAUAGCUGUAAUAAAUGUGGGAAGAGUUUUACUCAGUUAAGCAACCUGCUAUCACACCAGAGAACACACACAGGAGUGAAGCCUUAUAGCUGUGAUCAGUGUGGGAAGAGUUUCACUCGGUCAACCAACCUGGUAUCACACCAGAGAACACACACAGGAGAGCAGCCUUAUAGCUGUGAUCAGUGUGGCAAGAGUUUUACUAAUUCAAGAAACCUGCUUUCACACCAGAGAACACACACAGGAGAGAAGCCAUAUAGCUGUGAUCAAUGUGGCAAGAGUUUUACUCAGUCAAGCAACCUGGUAUCACACCAGAAAACACACACCGGAGAGCAGCCAUAUAGCUGUGAGCAAUGUGGAAAAAACUUUUCUUGGAUAGGACACCUUAAAGGACACCAGAGAACACACACAGGAGAGAAACCUUAUAGCUGUAAUCAAUGUGGGAAGAGUUUUACUCAUUCAAGUUAUCUUAAAAAACACCAGAGAACACACACAGGAGAGAAGCGUUAUACCUGUGAUCAGUGUGGCAAGAGUUUUACUCAUUCAUGCAACCUGGUAUCACACCAGAGAACACACACAGGAGAGCAGUCAUAUUGCUGUGAUCAAUGUGGUAAGAGUUUUGCUCAGUCAAGUAGCCUGGUAUCACACCAGAGAAUACACACAGGAGAGCAGCCAUAUAGCUGUGAUCAGUGUGGCAAGAGUUUUACUCAGUCGAACAAUCUGGUAUCACACCAGAGAACACACACAGGAGAGAAGCCGUAUAGCUGUGAUCAGUGUGGCAAGAGUUUUACUCAUUCAAGUAAUCUGAAAACGCACCAGAGAACACACACAGGAGAGAAGCCGUAUAGCUGUCAUCAGUGUGGCAAGAGUUUUACUUCAUUAAGCAACCUGGUAUCACACCAGAGAACACACACAGGAGAGAAGCCUUUUUCCUGUGAUCAGUGUGGCAAGAGUUUUACUCAGUCAAGCAACCUGGUAUCACACCAGAGAAUACACACAGGAGAGCAGUCAUAAAAAUUAUCAGGGCAAAAGCCUUGAAGAGCACCAGAGAACACACACAGGAGAGAAGCCUUAUAGCUGUGAUCAAUGUGACAAGAUAUACUCUCAUUCAAGUGGUCUGAUCAAACAUAAGACAAUACAUGCAGGAGAUCCACAGAGUG